AUGGCAACCACCCCAAGCACCCACAGCCCAACCUCCUCAAUCACAUCCUCUCGCUCCUCCUCUCCUACAUACCGACUCUUCCCGCACGCUCCUCAACCUUCGUCUCGUCCCAGACACAUCUCUCUUCUACAAAUCGAUUUCCAACAACAACAGCAACAACAGCAGCAGCAGCAGCACAUAUCUAUCCAACCAACCCAAAGUCCUUCGACUACCACCCAUCAGCGCAACUUCUCCCGGCCACACUACCACAGACGUCAUACCACAAUUUCUAAAACUCAAUCACCCACUACAAGCACAAGCACAACAACAAGAACACACAGCCACCUCACAAACUCAAUUGAGCGCGCCACCCUCCCCAUGCUCGCCCAUCUAAAUCAACAACUCAACCUCGCCCGCCUCGAGUCCGAAAGGGACAGAGUGAGACGUCAAAUCCAGCGCCAGGAGACGGUAAUGACGUUGAGUGGGUUGUUGAAGGAUUGGGGUGAGGAAGAGGAGCGUUCUUGGUGGUCGGAUGAUUCGGAUGAUGAAUCUGAAGGGAAUGAUGAAGGAUGGGAGGUUUAG